UGGUGAACAGUAGAAACAAUCUGAGUACAGCAGUUACAAAUAUUUUAAGCACAGUUCUCUAGUACAACACACUACAUUUCACCCUAGAGAAAGAAUGUUGGCAAAGAUCUCUACCACAUGGAAACUGCUUUGAAAGCUGUUGGGCCCUGAAAUUCUAUUCAGCAGUUUGAAAUCAAUCCACAGCUUUUCUCAUUCACCCUCCCACUUGGGGCUAAUGCAAGCCAUGACCAUCUACUGAGGAAAACCACAAAAAACUUCAAAACAGCUACAACGGCAAGAACAAGGUGCUGCAAAAGUCACAAAACCAUGUUAUUCUUAAUUUUCAACCAUUGAUUUUUGACAAACUGGUAUCUACAAUGCAGCACCAGGAACUAUGAGUAAUUCUGUCUGAAGUUACUUAUGAAAAAGUGUAAAAUGUGCACCACCAGAUAAAAUCCAGCGGGUAAAAGAGAGUAUUGUCCCACAGUCAGCAGGCCACUAGCUUAUUAACUUCCAGUCACUUUCAUUUUUGCUAAAAUGAAGACUCUGAAAUCUACACUUCUCCUGUUCCUGUUUGUGCCUCUGAUAAAGCCAGCACCACCAUCUCAGCAGGAUUCACGCAUUAUCUAUGAUUAUGGAACAGAUAAUUUUGAAGAAAGCUUAUUUAGCCGAGAUUAUGAGGAUAAAUCCCUGGAUGGAAAAAGUAUUAAGGAAAAAGAAACUACGAUAAUAAUACCCGAUGAGAAAGGUUUUCAAUUACAAAAAGAUGAGAGUACAAAACCAUUAUCCCCCAAGAAAGAAAAUGAUGAAAUGCCCACAUGCCUGCUAUGUGUUUGUUUAAGUGGCUCUGUAUACUGUGAAGAAGUUGACAUUGAUGCUGUACCACCCUUGCCAAAGGAAUCAGCCUAUCUUUAUGCACGAUUCAACAAAAUUAAAAAGUUGACUGCCAAAGAUUUUGCAGACAUACCUAACUUAAGGCGACUUGAUUUUACGGGAAAUUUGAUUGAAGAUAUAGAAGACGGUACUUUUUCAAAACUUUCACUGUUAGAAGAACUUACACUAGCUGAAAAUCAACUACUGAAACUUCCAGUUCUCCCUCCCAAGCUUACUUUAUUUAAUGCAAAAUACAACAAAAUCAAGAGUAGAGGAAUCAAAGCAAAUACUUUCAAAAAAUUGAAUAACCUCUCCUUCCUCUACUUGGACCACAAUGCCCUGGAAUCUGUGCCUCUUAAUUUACCAGAAAGUCUGCGUGUAAUUCAUCUUCAGUUUAACAACAUAACUUCAAUUACAGAUGAUACAUUCUGCAAGGCUAAUGACACCAGUUAUAUUCGGGACCGCAUUGAAGAGAUACGCUUGGAGGGCAAUCCCAUCAUCCUGGGAAAACAUCCCAACAGUUUUAUCUGCUUAAAAAGAUUGCCUGUAGGGUCAUACAUUUAACCACUAUCAAUGCAGCACAUAAGCUAAAGUACACACAUACUUAUAAUCUGUCUCAACAAUGUCUAAAGAAGCUUAAGUAUUUAAUAUUAAUUUUGUAUCCUACUAUGAAGGAACUUAUGUUUUAAGCAAAGAUGUUCAAAAAACCUUACAUAUAACAAUGAGCAAAAAGUAACAGUGAAUCUCUAAGUUCAAAACAAAGUAAUGUGAAAAUAUUUGAACAGCAUUACAAAAUCCCUGCAGUUUAUACUGGAGUACCAUUUAAAAGGUAUGUUUUUAUAUAAAUACCCAAAUUUAAGAUGUAUUAUGAAGUGAAAGGAUAAGUCCAAGAAACUUUCAACUGUUUGUCUUUCCUGGCUUCUACUGGAUCCCUAAAGCAUUUAAGGCAUAUGUUCCAAACACUUUGAAAAGCUAAAUAUUUCCAGGGACCUCUCACUUUUCUUUUAUCAUUCAUACAUUAUUCAUUAUGAAGUAGGAACUCUGUUUUCUUUCUAUUAAGGCAGCUACUAUAUUUUUACUUAGCCUCAGAAAUAGGAAUAUAGUCUCAUACCUAGGCAAAACUUUCCAAAUAAAGCAUAAUUUUACUCUCUGAUAAAGAGCUAAUAUAGUAAUGUUCAGUUAUUCUGCUUUGUGAUCACACAAUUAAAGGCUUUAGUAAAAUAGUACAAAAUUUUCCUUAAUCUAAAUAUUAACAUUCUAAGUCCACCAUAAAACAUUUUAGGAAGCCAAGCACAUCAAAAUUAGUAUGCUUAUAAAAAAACCUGAAAGUCCAUCCUGUUUCUCAGAACAUAGCCAUAAAAUUCUCCACUGUAAAAAGGCUUUCAAUUAUGAUAUAUACUGCAAAAUAUUUUCUUUUUAUACUAUAGGAAUGAGAAUCUCAUCAAUAAAUUUAUCCAAAUGUAAGACAUGAAAACCAAGUGAAUUCUGUGGUGUUACUACUACACACCACCUUCCCACCCACCCAUACACAUCCAUGUUCUUGAGAAUAGACCACACAUUCACAAGAAAGCAUCUCAGCAACAUUUUCUAGAGACCCAUAAUUAACUGGUAUGUUUAAAGAUGAGAAUUCAUCUCCAAUCUAAUAGUGAUGAUAAAGUUCCUAAAAUUACUUUCCUCUUGAGCAAACCCCACUCAAAAGUCUUAGUCUCCACACUGCUUUGGGGUUGCAUAUAAAAUGAUCAGUGCUUUAGAAACAAGAGUCUGAACUGUGUAUAUAAAAAUUGCCGACAUUGUUUCCAACAUAAAUUAUGCAUUAGAAUCAAGUUGGUCUCUGUAUACUAUUCCCAGAACAAACACUAUUGGUGGUUUUUCAUUUGCUUCUGUUUUUUCCAUAUGUAGAAUGACCUGUUUUUCAAUUUUCCCAUUUGUCAAGGUUGACCCCAAAAUGAAAUUUUUUCACUAAAACACCUGUGAUGUCUUAACACCACAAUAAUUACUGCUACAACACUAA